AUGUCAGGGCUUUACCAUGGCCGAGAGAAGUGGAUAGAACCUCAUGAUUAUGGCAAGCGAUCUUUUUCGCUUGAUGGGGGUAUUCUGCCGCCCAAAGGGAAGUCUGUCGCCGAUGCAAAAGACUAUGAUUUCGUGACGCAAGGAUUACAAUUGGUUGGAAAGGGACUUCACAAACAGAACUCACUUAACACCAAGGAAUUUCCUUACAGUGGCAGUGGCAAGAAUUUUUCUACAACAGAUAUCCAGUUUUACGGUGAGUCCAGCAAUAGGGCUAGGGGCGACCAUCUUGACGCCCUUGAUAAACAACUUAGCAGUAGUUUCAAUCCGGGGGUUAUGCCUGCAGAGGAAAUUAUCGAAUACCAUUUCAACAGGGUUCUCGCUAGCAAUAAGUUCUUUUGGGGUAAUAUGCCCAAGGGCUGGCAGAACAUGGCGCCCGCCCGGAAAUGGCAGUUUGUUUGUCGAGAAAGAAUAAGCACAGAGAGUGAAAAGAAAGGGGCAAAGGCGAACUCUGUACGUGAUCAGGAUCACCAGACUUUUAAUUUUAUCAAGUGCAAGCUCCAGUCGUCCAAAAAGGCUUCGCAUGCUCUCCAUGAGCUUGAAAGGUUACUCCGACGGAAAAGCUUCUCGAUGUUUUUUCUGGCUCAACAAGGCGUCGAAUUUCUCUCUGAGAUUUGCGGCUCAGUUGAUUCAGAAGACUUUUACGUGUUCUUGACUUGCAUUAAGACUCUGAUGAAUUAUGAAGAAGGAAGACUAAGGACACUGAAGAGCGGGCCGCUCAUGCAACUUUUGUGUUCAAUGCUUACACGCUCAAACAUCAAUGUAAAGGCUGCUUUAUUAUGCGGGGAAAUUUUACUCGUUUUGACAUACAACGACAUUGAUGGUAAAAAUGCGGUGGUGGCACAACUAGAUUCAGAGUAUUGCGAAUGGUUUUCUAGUAUUGACAAAAUUCUUACAACGCCAGUCGAGCAACUGGGCUUUGAGAAACAUGUGAUAAUCACAAAGCCUCAGCAAAUCCUGCGUAACUACUGCACGACAUGUCUGUUUCUAAUAAAUUCGAUUGUUCAGGCCUCGGCUUCCGCGCAGGAAAGAUAUCGCCUUUUGAAGCGAUUCAAAGAGCACGAAAUUCACAAGAUUUUUUCAAAAAUGAAACAGCUGGACUGUGGUCUCAUUAAUGAUGAAAUUGCCAAAUAUAGAGGAUGCGAGCAUGAGUGCGCAUUACAAGUUAACGAAGAAAAAAUGGUUUGUCCUGAUAUACCUUACGCAGACAGCUUGAGUACACUGAUUGCUGAAACUCGAAAUACUGCUUUAGAAUAUUCCGUUGGGCAAGUGAUUCGAGUCAUGUCUGAACUAGUACUGACAAGAACGUUUUCGGACUCUUUUAAACUCUUCACGCUUUUUCAUUCAAUCUUGGACUAUUUGAAAGAAUCUAACUAUGGAGACGAAACUAAUGACUCGAAUGCCGUGUUUCGUAUGUCCUUGACUCAUAUAAUGGACAACUUGCAAUCCGAUGAGAUAGCCAGGAGAGCAAUGAACGACCUGAACGUUUGUCAUAAAAAAAUUGAACUUCUGGAGAAACAACUUAAAUCUAAGCAUCAAGGCAUUGGACCAUCGGCUGAAAAGCUGGUGGAAGAAACUGUUCAACUACGAGAAAAUCUCCGCAAGAAAGAAGUCGAACUAAAAAUCCAAGGAGAACGGUUGGAUGUUUUGACUAAGCAGCGUAGAAUCGAGAAAAAAAGCUACGAACAAGCAUUUGCUCAUAAUAUUGCCAAAGAACCCAAAAGAGCCAAUUCUUUCACGUUAUUCUCCAUGUUAAAAAAUAAGAGUCCGAACCAAGAUACGGACCAACGGUUGAAAAGGCAUCAUUCUUUGUCUAGGAGUGCUAGAACAACGUCCCUGGUCAACACAAUCAAUUCAGAACCCGAAGAUGAGAAAUAUCGUGAAGCAGGACAAGAAAAUGUUCAUGAUAUGAGGCUUGUUCAUGCAAAGAAAACAAGUGUGGGUGAGGGUGUACUCCAUACCCUCGGAAUAUCACCUUUUGGCUAUCCACCGGAGGAAGCACUCCUCACUGUCAUAGGUGGUAAAGAAACUUUAAAUUCGGAUUCUUCGCUUAAAAGUGAGUCAGUAAAAGACCCAAAAAAAAUUGAUCCUACGCGGGCACCUCCACCUCCACCUUUGCCACCUAAUUUAAAAAAUGCUCGAGCUCAGCCCAAAGAUCCGUUGCCUAAAAGUGAUAUUUUCCCCAGAAUUUCGGCACCUCCGCCACCUCCUCCCCUUCCCCGUAUGGCGCAAGAUAACCCGCUUCUUGAUACAUCUGGGAAAAGGCCCGUGGUAAGAAAGCUCAAACAAAUACAUUGGGAUAAAAUUGAUAAUGUUUCAGACACUAUAUGGAAUCAAUCUCGGGAUAAAUCGCAAUUGGUUGCACGACGUCUUCAAGAGUCGGGAGUUUUUGAUGAAAUUAAUGACCUGUUCAAACUGAAUGAUGGAAAGGUUUCUAAAACACUGUCGAGAAAGGCUAAAGAAAAAACAGUAAACAACUUGUUACCAAGGGAUUUGGCUCACCAGUUCGGUAUCAAUCUACAUAUGUACUCGGGGCUUUCAGUCGAAGGAUUUGUAUUAAAAGUUUUGUGUUGUGACCACGACAUCAUCAAAAACCAGAGUCUGAUGGAGUUUUUCUCUAAAGACGACUUGAUCAAUAUUCCAACAAAUGUAAAGAAAGUCUUUCAACCCUAUCAAGCUGGACAAGCUCGAGCUGGCGAAUCUGAGGGCCUUGAAAGGUUUGACAGAAUUUUUUUGGAGCUCUGCAUCAAUUUGGAACCCUACUGGUCUGCAAGAUCACAAUGCCUCCUGACACUUACAACAUAUGAGCGAGAUUAUUACGAUUUAAUUUACAAGCUUCAAAAAAUUGACGACGCUGUGACCUUGAUUCGAAAUUCAAACAGUUUUAGGCAAGCUCUCCAUGUUAUAGUGGAGAUUGGCAAUCACAUGAAUUACAAGCAAGCAUCUGGCAUAAGGCUUGGUUCUCUUCCAAAACUCGCUUAUGUCAAAACAAACAAAGACAGCAACGUAUCCUUUCUUCAUGUCAUCGAGCGUAUUUUGAGAACAAAGUGCGAAGGAACUUAUGAUUUCAUUGCGGAACUGUCGAAGGUGUCAGAUUUGAAAAACUUACUUGUAGUGCAGGUCGAAGCCGGAUGCCAAGAGUAUCUUGAGCGGCUCAACAGAGUUCAUGCCUGCAUGAGUGAGGGGGUGCUCUCAAAACCUGAGAUUUUUCACCCGGAGGAUAGGUUUUUGGAAGUCGCCAAACCUAAAGCGGCCAUUGCACGUAGGAAAGCCACAUUGUUGAGAGACCAAAGCAUUUUAACCAAGCGUGAUUUUGAUCAUGUCAUGAAAUUAUAUGGUGAGGACCCAGGCGACUCAGAGUCCCGAAACUCGUUUUUUGGUCACUUUAUUGAAUUUCUCACGAUGCUAAAAAAAGCCGCGAGAGAAAACAUCGAAGAGGAAGAAAUAAGUCGUCUUUAUGAACAGAGAAAAAGGCUCCUCGAUGAACGACAGGCUUCGGCAGAAGACGUCACUGCUAAGCCUAACGACACAAAAGAAGAAGAAGAUACUGUCGAUGUGCUUUUAAAAAAACUAAGAAAGGUGGGUGAGGACUCUCUCGAGAGUGGGCGAAAUCGUAGAAACAGUCGCCAAAACAACCGGCAGGAGAGUGAAAUCGAAAAUCUGAUGGAUAAAAAGGACAAUGACAAACUUUUGUCUCGUACUCAGUCCAUGCUGACGACUACUCAGAAAAUAUAG